AGUGUGCACGUGUAAUGUUAUAACGCGCGUAUAACGCGCGCCUUCAUAUCUUCAUCGCGGUUCGUGGUUACAAAUUAAAAUAAUUUAAUGAGUUCGACCGUCGCAUACGGAAUCCAGAUGGAAUAACAACAAAUGGGUUCAUGCUGCAGCAAUGUAUGUGUAUUCACUCACGAUGCGGUGAAUGACUUAAAAUGGAAAUAUGACAACUUUUCUUCUCCAAUCCGAUCAAGAGGCUGCCUUUGCUGGAAAAAGGGAAGCAAAAUUUCUCAAAGGACUGAGGAUAACUCUCAAUUUACUCAAACCGAAGAAGUCGUUUUCAAGCUCAUGGAAAAGCCAAAUGUGCAGUUGAAGCUAUUGAGUAAUGAAAUCGAUAAUAAUAAUAAAAGAAACAGAAAUUGGUCAACAGAAGCGAAGCACUCGCAUAUUUCUCUUGUAUCAGUAUGUCAACGUGGAAGCUCUACUGUUGGUAACACUAGAUCAAUCGAAGAAGUUUUGGCAGUGAUCGAGCGAGUUCAAAAUCUGUGUAAUAAGGCAAGUUUGCAGGAUCAACUGUCACUACUCUGUACUGUAGGUUUUCUCAGAGAAUACUGUCUAAUGCUCAAUGAUGAUACAAUCGGUGGAAGAAAAAAGUCCGAUAGCAGUGUUACUGACGACAACGCUCGUUUUUGGGUUACUGCAUACGAUUACAGUGGAAAAAAUAAAGACCACGGUAUUACGAAGUUUAAGAAGAUAGCCAUGGCCGUUAAAACGGCGCGGGUAUUUACCCGUAUGACCAGAUCAUCACUCUUAUCACAUUCUUCUUCUACAGAAAGUAUUUAUGAACCGGUCGGCUUGACAAAUCAAUUCCGUCAGUUCCUCGAUAAAAACCUGCUCAGUUGGAAUUUUGAUCAGUUGUUGUUUGACAAGCUGACAAAUAAUCAUGGUUUAUCGUUAUUGUUUCUUAAGAUUCUGCAGGCAACGGAUCUGUUUAAAGAGUUCAAGAUAAACAAAGAAAAGAUGAACAAAUUUUGUUUGGCAGUGGAGAGAGGGUAUCAACAGCAUAACAAUCCUUACCAUAACGAACGACACGGAGCAGAUGUGUUACAAACUGCUUAUUUUAUCAUCGUAGAUACCAAGAUCAAAGAUUGGCUGAGUAGCCUGGAGUUACUUUCCCUCCUCUUCGCAGCUAUGAUACACGAUUUGGAACACACGGGAACUAACAACAUUUUCCACACGCAGUCUUCUUCAAGUCUAUCGCUGCUCUACAAUGAUAAGUCGGUGUUGGAAAAUCAUCACGUUAGCAGGGCUUACAUACUCAUGUCUGAUCCAGAGUUAAACCCGUUCGAGGCGAUGUCAAAAGCACAGUUUCAGAGCAUGAGACAAAUAGUUGUGGACUGUGUUCUGGCUACUGACAUGGCCCACCACUUUAACCAGGUAACCACUCUCAAGAAUUCCUUGAUCGACCUCUCGCUGAUUGAAAGACAGGACGUUAUGAACAGCAUUUUGCACUGUGCCGAUAUAUCUGGACCCGGUAAAUGCUGGAACAUUCAUGAGAAUUGGACUCUGCUACUCAUGCAGGAAUUCUUCGCACAGGGUGACGAAGAGAAAAAAUUGGGUCUUCCCAUCUCCCCACUCUGUGACAGACAAACCACCAACAUCCCAGAGUCUCAGGUCGGAUUCAUCACCUACAUCACAACGCCCGCCUUCACGGCACUCGGUAACACCAUAGACGCUAUCCUCAGAGAAAAGGAAGAGCGAGAGUUUCUGGAAUUCUCUACGUCCUGGGUUAAUACUAAACAAAGAAGGGGGUCAACUGUUACUCAGAUGACACCGAUAGAAGAAAAUCCAUAUCACCAGCUAGUGAGCCAGAGCCCCUUAUCUUUGGCGCCUGAACGAGUAGGAAGCGCUGGAAUUACUCAAUCAUUCCAAUACAUGCCAAUAAAUAGGGUGUGGGACACACAUUUCCAGUCAAACCUCGCUCGGUGGAAAGACCGGUUAACGAAUUCAAGUUAAACAAACUAUAUUUGAUUUUGUUAAAGA